AGUAUUGUUCACAAAAGUGAAUUUCGACCACUCGAAGCAAUGGUGCUAACAGUUUUGAGCUCACAGUUACUGGAUAGGAGGGAAGUUCUAGUCUGUAUUAAAAUCUGCGGUUUUUUGUUGAUUCCAUGUUGUUUAUUAUGUUCAUAUCAUAGAUAAAGGAUAUAACCUGCAAUUCAAUGAAUCUGUCAAUCUGUAAUCUACAGCAAUUUUAGAAUAAAAUAUCAUUAACUAAGAACAAUAAAGUCAUAUUACGAUAUCACAAAACGAAAUGACAACUUAUAACACAGAGUUUGAGAUUGUUAUUGGUGUAUUACUGUUGUAUUAGAUUUUGCUGGUGUUUUACAAUCAUAAAGUGUCAAGGUUAUGUUUCUACUCAUCAUUGUAAAACUUGUGUGGAAAAAAUAAAUUAUAAAAAAUUUAAAGGAGUAGUAGACGUAAACGUUUAAUGAUAAAAAAAAAUGAUAUGUUGUGCAUAAAACUGUUCGAUAUUUAUUUCUAAACAUAAUCUGCAACGUUACUUUCUAGAGUUUAAAUGAAGUUGAUCUUAUUCAUUUUCUUUUCCAAUGUUUAAAUAUAAAGUGCAGAUUUUAAAAAAAAUUAUUUCAGGUACCAAUAAUGGCCUUGAUAAAAAUUCACGAAGAUAUGGAGACUGCAAACUUCCUCUUAAAAUGGAAAAUGUGUUAGUUGUGUCCAAAUUGUCUCGAUUGGAAUAUGAAAGAUCGAAAUUUAAAUAUAUAAGUGAAGAUGAAUUAAAAAAAGAACUAGUCAGUAGAGGUACCGAUUAUAAUAGUCUUCUCUAUAAUCAUGAUUUGCAUAAAACAUUUGAGAAUAAAGUUGUUGAAAGUUUUAAAAGUUUUAAUGCUGUUGUAAAAGUGGUUAACAGAUUUAGUUUAAAAGAGGAGCAGACUGAGUGGGCCGAUGUAGUUGUGCCUGCUGGUGGUGAUGGUACUUUUUUACUUGCUGCCAGUAGAGUAAAAAAUAAUUUAAAGCCUGUGAUUGGAUUUAAUUCUGAUCCAAGAAGAUCUGAGGGGCAUUUGUGUCUUCCGAAAAAAUAUUCAUCUGAUAUAACAAAAGCUAUUGAUGAACUUAAAAAUGGAAAUUUUCAGUGGUUACUUAGAAGUAGGAUAAGAACUUCCUUAUUUUGCCAAAGCAAGAAAUUAGUGCCAAAAUAUUUACACAUUGUUGAAACUCCAGAAGAUGCUUAUUCAUGUGAACCCACCUACAAAUAUGCUGAAGAUAUGGGGACAAUUCUACCUUUUCUAGCAUUAAAUGAAGUUUUUAUUGGAGAAUCUUUAGCGGCCAAAGUAUCACAUUUAGAAAUGUAUUUAAAUGACAGUGAAGAAUCAACUAAUCUGAAGAGCUCGGGUCUUUGUGUUUGUACUGGUACUGGCUCAACAUCAUGGCAUAUGAGUAUCAACCGAAUACCAGUGCAAACAGUUGCCGAGUUGCUAAGGCUAAUGGACAUUGAAGCUACAGAAGAUAAAGAUAGUUUAGCUACUGUUUUGGCCGAUAUUUACAAUCAGAAUCUACUGUUCAAUCCAGAUGAUCCUCGAAUGGGAUACACUGUAAGAGAAUUAAUUUCGGUUGGAGUUUGGCCUCAACCAAAAGGUCUUAAACCUAGGGGUUUUGUUAAUAAAAUUCAAGUCAGGUCUAAAUGUAUAGACGCAUGCCUAGUGGUAGAUGGAGGAGUUUCUUAUGAAUUUAAUGAUGGCGUUGUGGCUGUGUUAGAAAUUAAACCUGAAGAUGCACUUCGAACAGUCAUACUGACAGAUUAAUGGCUUUUUACAUGUUUAGUUAUCUAGGUUUAAAAAUUUAAACGAGAUAUUUUAUAAAUAUUACAAGAUAAUGUACAGUUUUGCAAAGAAAUAAUUCAUUAAGGACAACUUAGUGCUUUUACAAUGCAUUUUAUGUAUACAUAUAGGGAUAUAAGAUAUACAUUACAAAUAAUUUACUUAUUGAUAGAAAAUAUGAUUUUAUUAUUGUGCAACUCAUUUUUAAUUACACAUAAGAAAGGUACAAAAUGUUUACGCUGUAUUGAUAAUCAACGGGAAACACUGUACAUUUUAAACAUCUUUAUACGAAACAAAUAUAUAUUUUUUUAUGAGA